AUGCCUUGGAGUCCUGGGCGGCAGUCUGCUUCCUGUGGUCAAUCGGCCAUCUCAGAGACGGUGAGUACGCCGUCUUAUACAGACUCCUCGGACUGCCAGCAUUUAGAAGACUUUUACCUGUUGCAGUGGGCUGCAGGUCUCUCGUGGCUUGCCGCCCUGCGCUAUUGUAUGGUGAAUCACGCCGUCCCUGUGCCUGUUGCGCAUCGGUUUAGCGUUGCCGCCAACAUCAUGUCGCCCAUGGAGCUCUGGAGUAUGGCGUUCUUGAUGUGCAUCUCCCAGCCAGUAGCGCCGGUCCGCCCUACGGCUAGCAUCGCACGAUUGCCGAUCCGAGGCACGACCACGGACCAACGUCAUGGUAGAGCUGCGUGGCCUCCGCGAGACUACCAAUUACCAGUCCAUCGCCCUGGUACAAGCCUGCGUGACACGCGCCGCUGCACUUUGCGGCAUCGCCAUCAGCUUGGCGAAAAAAGACAAUCUCUUCCCUCAGGCCUCAGCAAGGACUUCGUCCGUGCGCGCCUGCCCUUUUGGCAGCCACCUCCAUCUGCCAUGAACAUCACUUCCGCACACCCCUUCGAAGAACUCGACGCAACUCUCAAUACUAUCACGGACCCUGUCCGAAGUUCUCCGCGAGUCUAUCCGUGCCAGAACAGCGAUACUCGGAAGCUGAUUCUUGUACUACGAACGGCUACGUGCAGCUCUCACAUGGCACCUUAG